AUGAAAAGUUUCUUCGCUGUCACUUCGCCUUCUUCCAUUCUCGUAUGCUCUCGCAUGAUUCUCGUUCUACUCGUCCUCGUGGUCGUCAUCUUUAACUUGUUCUUGUUUCGAUACAUUUUCAACAUGACUUUUAAAUCUUCGACCUUCUCCGACACUUCGAAUAUCAUACAAAACAACAAACAAUUAUUGAAUGCUGCUCUGAAUCAACAACAAGAAAACCCCGCAGUUGCUUCUGUGAAAAGAGCAUUUGAUGAUGAAUCGAAUCAUUACGAUUCAGAAAAUCAUCCUUUGGAACCAGAAGUCAAUGUUCAUGAUGGCAAUGUUGAUAAAAUGUCAACAACGACAACAACAGAUAAUGAAGCACAACAACAAGAAUCUUCUUCUCAAUACUAUUCAUUUGUGUUAAACGAACAAGUUCCAAAUUAUGGCAUUGGAUUUUCACAAUCUGAAGAAUGUGAUUCGAGUUUUGGACUUUCUUUCUAUCAAGGAUGGAGAAAUGGAAAACAAAUGUAUUGUAAACCGAUUCAUAAGAAAGGAAAUACAGAAGAGGCAGAAAAUUCAUCAGUGACAUGUUAUCGAUAUCGACAACCAAAACACAGCGGAAUGGAUAUAUUUUGUGAAAUGCAAAAUGUCAUGUUUGAUUUUUCAAAACUUAAAACCAUGACAAGUGACUGUCAACACAUGUGGGAUAUUGAUGGAUGCAAAAGAUAUUACGAAUUCAAUGAAGGAGCCAUGUUGGGAAUGUGUAAAAAAGAAUCUUUUUUCAACACCAACAGCAAGUGGCCUGUUGGACAUUUCCAACAAUUGAAUCGACCUAUUUUUAGAGGUUUUUCUGAAGUCAAACCUCCUCUCAAACAACAACAUUACGAUGAAAUUGUGGAAAAUCCUGUCUUGAUGGUUGCACGAGAUGGAGCUUUUAACACGUAUCACAGCAUGGAAGAUUUUGUCAAUGCAUUUAUUGUAUUGGAAACUUUGAAACUCAAUCCUAGUCGUGACCAUUUGGAUUUACUCAUUAUUGAUCAAGAAGUGGAUGGUCCCUAUGCUCCAAUGUGGAACAAGGCAUUUUCUAAUGAUAAAACAAACAAAAAAUUAAGAAUUGUGAAAGAAUGGGUCUCUCAGGGAAAGAAGAUCCUCUUUAAGAGAGCUAUUGUCAAUUUACCUGGUGUGAGCAGUCCAAUUGUGAAAGAUAUUGGAGUUAGAAAUCCGUGUAGACCAAUGACCGAUUUAUUUGUCAAUUUUGGAAGACAUAUUUUAAAGUCUUUUGGAUUUAUUGUUCCUCCACGAACAGAAGAACAACUCAUGCAGUUACCAUCCUCUCCAGAUAAUGUGAAACAAACAGAUACUACUCUCACUGUGAAUGUGACAAUUAUUGAUCGAAAGUUUCAUCAUGAAAGAAAAGAUGCAAGUCGAGGAAUUUAUAACAUGAAAGAGAUUGUGAGUGCCAUAAAAGAUUUGUCAGGGACGAAAAUUUCUGGAAUUACAUUUAAGGUCAAUGUCUUGGCAGUGGAUUUUGCUAAAUUGACCUUUGAGAAACAAUUAGAGAUGAGUUAUAAUACUCAUAUUUUGAUUGGUGUCCAUGGAGCAGGACUUACUCACCUACUUUUCCAAGCGGGAGGUGCCAAUAUUCUAACUGGACCCAAGACAAAAGAACAAUCACCACUCGUAUUUCGAUUGAGACCUCAAUGGGUCUGUGGUGGUGGAAGUGUGAUUGAAAUUCCUCCAAUGUUUGGCCAGCACUACAAUAACAUGGCACGAUGGGCAGGAAGAAAAUACAUGGCUAUUCAAUCAGGGUCGCCCAAUGUUGACGCACAACAAGUGGUGAAUUCUGUGAAACAGUCCCUUCAAGAUUGUGCUCAGUUUUUCAAAUCCUUCUACUCACAAAAGUAA